GGGAGCCAUCCCACCACCUCCCUCUUUUGACGUCGGCUUAUUUCGCCGAGACUCGCUAACAUUCGGCUACUUCUUCGCCUCUUACAUUUUGGUCUGUUUACGGCAGUUUACGGCCUCGAGUCACGACGAAAUUAGUCGAAGUCAAAAGCGUUUUGGAGCCAUUAACUAAGAAGAAGUCAAAAGCGUCAAAAGACACCCUCUCGAUCGCCGUGAUUAUCGCCUACGCCUACUCCUCAUAGAAAGGUUCCGUCCGUCUAUAUGUCGUUGAUUCAACAUGAGUAAUGAAAAAGAGUUCCUACUUACAGAAGAUAAAGCUCGUGAACAAAUACGAGAGGAAUUAAAACAUAUGAGUUUUGAGGAUUUACAGAAGUUAAAGGAAAAAUUAGGAACUAAGGUGUACAAUGAGACACUAUUUGGAAAGAAAAAUAAGAAGAAAAUGGAGAAAAUAAAGUUUAAACGGGAAAAUAAGAACAGGCCACGGGAAAUGUCUUCUAAAAAGUCAAUUCCAAUCAAAUGUGAAGAGAUGACACAAGUCAAGGAAGUUGUAUUUCGAGAUCCUAGAUUUGAUAGUUUAUGUGGUACAUUUAAUGAAAAGGUCUUCAAGAAUUCUUAUACAUUUAUUAACAAGUUACGGGAAAAUGAUCUUAAAACUUUGCAAAAAGAACUGACAGAAGCUACAGAUUUCAAAGCCAUAAAGAAGAUAAAAUAUCUUAUCCAGAGGCUUGAAAAUCAAUUAAGAGAAGAAAGGAAAAGAAAGGAGAAAGAAGACAAAAAACGACUUGAAAAGAAAGAAUUACUGGAAUCUGUUAAACGAGGAGAGAAGCCUGUCUUUAAGAAAAAAUCUGAGAAGAAAGUCUUGGACUUAGUCUCACAGUAUGAAGAAUUAAAGAAUACAGGAAAACUGAAGAAGCAUAUUCAAAGAUUACGGAAAAAGAAUAAACACAAAGAUAGAACAAAACUAACAGUGGAGGAAACAUAAUGAAACAUAUUGCUCAUUUGUUACAACUGUGACA